GUUAAGGUGUACGAAGGCGGGAUGGACCUCCUCGUCCAAGGUGCCUUCAUGCUUAUGGAGAGCCACAAGAGGCAGCACCGGGAGAUUGCUCGUCUGAAAGAGCUUGAGCAGAAGGCUGCCUCGGCCGAUGAGGCGGUAGCCUGCUUGGAUCGGCUCCGGGAGGAUGCCAAGGCCUUGCAACAGAGGGCCGACGAGGCCGCUGCAGCCAGGGACGAUGCCCUGUCCAAACUCGAGGAGAGCCAGAGGGCGCUUGAGGCUGAACGGCGCAAAAAUGAUGAAGCCGUGAAGGCAAAAGCUGAGGCCGAGGCUGCCGCUGUGAAGGCUGCUGAUGAGGCCGUUAAGCAGUUCUUGGCCGAGGGGUGGAAGGCCGAUGAGCGGCUCUCCUGGUGUUAUGAAGUGGUGGCCGCCAAGCUUGAAGAUUGGGGAAUGAACUCCCCCGCCGGCCAGGAGUACUUUAGCAGAGAGAUGGCCGUGUACUACAACAUGGGCCAAGAGCGGAUGCAGAGGCUCCUGUGUCGGAGGCUAUCGCGUGCCCUCAAAGCCAUGAAUUAUACCUCCGGGUGGGCUAGGCGGAUCUUGAAGCUUCCCAAGCUGAUGAAAGACCCCGAGGAGCAGGCCAAACUUCCUCUUUCGGAGCGGGAGUCCCCAAUCGAGAGUUCCGGCCUCGGCGAGCCGGAUUACACGGAGUUUGACUUCCUGGAUGAUGCCACCAGUUUUGCAGCUGAUGUCGUCCAGGAGACUGAGGCCGAGGAGGGAGCCGAAGAUGUCGAAGAGCUAGCUGAGGAAGGAGGCGCCCAAGGGACUUGAUCGGCUACUACCCGCUCCCUAUCUUUGUAAUUAAUUUUCUAUUUUUUGCCCAGCUGAUGUAAUGGCCGAUGCGCCCACCAUUGUACUUGAUUGUUUAUGAAUGAAUCGUCUUGCUGUUCUGCUCGGCUUUGAAUGUCUUGCAUGUCUAUUCCCUUUUGCUAUUUCAGUUUUGAAAUUUUUCUAAGUGUAAAAGUUACAACUUAGGUCACCCGCGAGUGUCUGCUACGUCCGUGAGGUAGUCCAUUCAGUCUGGUGGUCUGGUCGGCCUGUCCGGUGUUUCUUCGCUAUUGUAACACUUGGGAUUUAUUCAAAAAUUUCCUAAGUGUUUUGGAUCCACUUAGCUAGGGUUUGUCUUAGUGUCUUUCUUUCCGUCCUGACUGAGGCAGGCAAACUGAGGUGUCCGCUACGUCCUGGCGUUGUCCCAUUCUUCUUUUUUGUUAGAAUUUUUCUAAGUGUCUAACUUCAAGUAGACGGGUGUUCUCAUCGUCCUGGUAUUGGAUCUCUCCUCAUUAUUGACAAAUGAUUUGGGAGAUUUCCCAAGUGUUGAACCAAUGUCGUUGUCGGCCCAGUGUUUUUCAUGGCCGUCGUGUUCCCUUGCAUCUGAUCUGAUCAGGGAGGUCGGCCUGGAUCCUUGUGUUGUGGCCGAUAAGGGCACCUUGAACUUACUUUUUUGAACAUAGGAUUUUUUCUAAGUACACAUGCAAGGCGUAGGUAGCUAACGGCCUUGGAGUAUACAGGUACCCGCUUCGUCUAGAGUUUCUCCAUUUAAGUACUUAGAGAUUUUUCUAAGUAUAAAUGCAAGACAUAGUUCCUUCUUUGCGGUACCGCUGCCGG